AUGGCUGCCACUCCUGUCAACCAAAUCUCCCUUCACCAUUUUCGCUCUAACAGCUUUCCCACCAGAGCACACCCGCUCAUUUCAGAAUUCAACGACCAGUUGAGCAGAUUGAGAUGUUCUGAAGCAACCUCUUCAUCAUCAGCAUCAUUAAGCCAGAAACUAAUUGGCCUUCAGGAUUUGAAUGACUGUGUUGAUAACUUGCUCCUGUUGCUUUUUGCACAAGCCUUAGCCCAAGAGCAGAAUCAGAAAUGGUUUAAUGAGCUGUUGGAUGGAUCUCUUAGGCUCUUGGAUGUGUGUGGUAUUGCAAGAGAUGCAUUGUUGCAAACAAAGGAAUGCACGCGUGAACUUCAAUCAACCCUGCGCAGAAGACAUGGCAGUGAAAUGGAGGUUGCAAGGGAGGUUGAAAAAUACUUGGCCUCUAGGAAGGUGGUAAAAAAGGCAGUGCAGAAGGCCUUAAAGGGCAUGCAAACUAAGUUUAACUCUAAGAAAAAUGAAGAUCUAGCCAUUGUUAGCUUGUUAAAAGAGCUAGAGGCUGUAACUAUCUUGGUUUUUGAAUCACUCUUGACCUUCAUAGAUGGACCAAAGCUGCAAUCAAAAUCAACCAGCUGGUUUGUAGUUUCCAAGCUGGUACACCCCAAGAGAAUAGCAUGUGAGGGUAAAGAAACAGAUGCAAAUGAAUUUGAGAAGGUAGAUGCGGCAUUACAAACUCUCAUUAGUCACAAGACAAGCAAAUCUGAUUACUCCAUCCAUGUUCAGAAUGCGCAGAACUGGAUGGGGAAGCUGGAGUCAAGCAUUCAAGAUGUUGAAGAGGUGCUUGAAUGUUUGUCUAGGCGUCUAGUCAAGACCCGAGUUUCCAUUCUCAACAUUCACAACCACUAGCCCUGAAAUCAUCAUGGGCAUCCAGUUUUGUCUGUGAAUUUGUACAAGUUGAUAGACCUUCUCUUUUUGUAUAAAU